UGGGUGGCUCCUCGUCAUACAAAGGGGUCAUCAGGGGGUUGGUGACAGCAGUGAUGAUUACCAACCACCACCACCACCCUUUCAGAAAACCACUCUCAAUUAUCACCCCUUUUCCUCCUCCUCAUACUUGUUUCACCACGUCUUCUUCUUCUUCUCAUAUUUAUUGCCCAAAAUCUUCACCGAUUUCUGCCAGCAUGACCACCACUCAGACCCAUGAUAACCUUGAUGCCAUAUUCGCUCAGAAACGGGUGCUUCGAUCAAAAGUUAAGAAAGAUCUCAGGUCUAUGGACCCCACUCUUAGAUCUCAUGAAGAUGAUGCCAUUCAGAACCUGAUAUUGGAAGCUCCAUGGUUCAAGUCUUCAAUGAGAUUAUGUGCUUAUAUAAGCUGUAGUGCAUUGAGAGAAGUUGAUACGUCAAAGGUGUUGCAACAUGUCUUACGGAAUCCAAAUGAAGAUGGCUUAACAGAAACAGCGAAGAAACUUUAUGUUCCACGGGUGGAGGACAAAAAUUGCUACAUGAGGAUGUUAAAUAUAUCGGGUAUGGAUGAUUUAAUUGCAAACUCUAUGAACAUUUUGGAGCCUGCUCCGACUGAUGCUAAUGGGAAUGAUCGUGAAGAUGUUAUGUUGGCGAAUGAGCCUGUUGAUCUGCUCCUGUUACCUGGACUUGCUUUUGAUAGAACUGGAAGACGACUGGGCCGUGGUGGAGGCUACUAUGACACGUUCCUGUCGAAGUACCAAGAACAGGCAAAGGAAAGAAACUGGAAACAACCUCUUCUAAUUGCAUUAUCGUAUUCAGUGCAAAUACUAGAAGAAGGCGUAAUACCACUUACUCCUAGCGACGUUUUUAUAGAUGCUCUUGUAUCCCCCUCUGGCUUUAUUCUUAUAAGCCCCGUGGCUCAAGAGAUUUGUAGAUGAGGCCGUUCUUUAAGUUGAUGGUAUCUAUAUUGAUGUGUUUCCUAAAGUAUAAAUGUUAUGUUUUGCUCAUCAAAGAUACCGGAAAAGAAUAUUUGCUUAAACCCAUGUUAAGUUGACGAUAUGACCAUACAAGGUCAAUUAUUACAAGGAUAUUUGAAGAUCAGAGGCAUCUUUUGGAACUCUCACAUGCUGAGCACAGUAUAAGGUUUUCUAAUUUGGGAGUUAUAGAUGUUUGCAUCAUUCUUGUAUCAUGGUUAUGUUAACUUAUGACUCGUAUUAUUGUUGUAUUGAUUUUUAGAAACUGGGAAACGACACUUGUAUAGAAAAAUUUAUUUCUUGGUGACAAAAGAUGUAUGUUUUGGACCUUUGGUAAUCAGUAAUUUGAUGGGCAAUAUUUAGUUGGA